AUGAAGAUUCUCGAAGCGCAAUCCGCUGUCCUUACAAAUUAUGAGGUCUAUCAGCACGUCACGGAACAGCGCGAAAGAUACAAGAACGCCAAACGCAGAGGACCCCCAAACCUCGAGACUGUGGUUCGCGAGCUCCUUCAAUAUCUUCGUACAAACCCAGGUCCUUUGGGUCAGGAACCGCUGCCGUACACUGAAGGCUGCAUCUCUAAACUUCUCGAGCGCCUGCGACCUUACAACCUUGCCAAGGGCGAGGUUGUCAUGAUCAUCAACCUACGUCCCGCCUCAGUUGCUGCUCUCAAUACGGUUGUUGAGGACAUGUCUGAGCGUUUCGACGAGGAGCAGCAAGAAGCCAUGGUUAACAUCAUCGCCGAAGUCCUCGGCCAGUUCCCUGCUUCUGAAGAAGAUGCUGAAGAAGAUGGCGCUGACGUCUCUAUGAACGACGCCGCUGCUUGA